AUGAGCUCGAUUUUUGGCGGCAAUGACAAUAACAACAGUUUGAACGUCAUUAUUUUUGACGCUUCGAAAAACGAGAGAAAACUGAACGAAGAAUUUAAAGUGUUGCAAAGAAGAUUGAAAUCGAAAUGGAAAUUUGUGGAAAACAACGAUGUCUUGACGGACGAAUCAUUAUCAACAGGCAAAGUAUUGAUAUUACCAGGACCACAAAAUAAAUUCACAGAGCUAGAAAUGAAUUCUAUUAGAACAUUUUUAAAUUCCGGUGGAAACGUUUUAGUUAUGCUCGGCGAAGGUGGUGAAAAAAAGUCAAAUACUAAUGUAAAUUUUUUACUGGAGGAAUUUGGUAUAAUGGUGAACAAUGAUAGUGUAAUACGUAUGAGUUAUAGUCAGACAAUGCAUCCAAAGGAAUGUUUAAUUUCACAAGGAAUGUCAAAUAAAUCCAUAUUUUCAAGAAAUCAGAAUGAAUUUAUAGAUAUGAACUUCUUGUAUCCCUAUGGUGCAACAUUAAAUGUAGCACAACCAUCCAUAGUUGCAUUAUCCAGUGGAUCAGUAGCCAUUCCAACAAAUAGACCAAUUUGUGCUUAUCAUUACAAUGAAACCAAUAGUGGAAAAUUACUUGUAUUAGGUUCAUCAAGACUGUUAACUGAUACAUACAUUGAGAAAGAAAAGAAUGAUGCAUUGAGAGAAAUGAUAUUUGACUUUUUUGAAUCCAAAGAUAUUGUAGUUAAAGAAUUUCAAAUGGAUGAUGUAGAUUUUUGGGAAUAUAAUUUCAUCCCAGAUGUAACACAACAAGCAGAUAAUCCAAAAGUCUGCACCCAAGAUGUGGAUAUAAUGGAUAAUCCUCAUGAAUAUACAAAACUGUUUAAACAUCAUCUUUAUUCAGUAAAUUUAGACAUAGUACCAGCUUGUAUAAAAGCUUAUGAUGCUCUGGAUGUGAAACAUGAACCACUUACUUUAAUUCCACCACAUUUUGAGUCUCCUCUACCAUCCACACAAGCAUCAGUAUUUCCACCAAGUUUCCAAGAGUUACCACCUCCAGCCUUGGAAUUAUUUGAUUUGGAUGAAGCUUUUAGUUCUGAUUUCUUAAAAUUAUCACAAUUGACAAAUAAAUACAUGGCAACAAAAGAUUUAUCAAAAGACAUGGAACUAGAUCAUUAUAUUAGAGAAUUUGGAAGUAUUAUCAGAAUAAGUAAUUCUGAUACACAUACAGCUAAAGAAGUAUUAAAUGCAGUGUUUCAAAGUAUCUGCAGCUAUAAAGCUAUGCAUGAAUGA